AAUUUUUUUCUAGACUCUGGAUAGGCAUAUAUUUGCAUAAAUAGGAGUGUAAAUUCCCAGAGAGGAAACCAAUGAACAUGGCGCUAGCCAUCACACAGCCUGCCUUGGGCUUGAGUUGCAGGCAUCACGUCAAGUCCAAAAGACAUAAUAACAGUUUCAGAAGCACCCAGGGAUUGCCUUUUGCCGCAUGGUGUCUGGAUAAUAAUAAAUCCACUAGAAGAAUCCAGCUUGGCUCUCAGUUAUGUGGGGCAACUGGAAAGCUGCACACAAUGUCUGUAAUUAAUCUGGAAGUGAUUCACCAACCACUUUUAUGUUUGGGCCUUACGGAUUCGAAAGUGAACUUACAUCUAGGGGAGGACUACAAGCAAAUUUUAGAAUCUCAACCUUGGGCUUGGAUUUUUCUGCCUGGACUUUCUUCUGCCUCAAGUUUGGCAGAUGUUGCAUUUGCUAGUGAAGAAGAAACCUCAAAUGAAGUUUUUAUGGUUGGUGAAUUAUUUGAAUUUGGAAUACAACUGAUUUACCUUGGAGCUUUACUUGCACUGCUUGGAAUUGGGAGUUUUUUUGUUGUUCGUCAAAUACUAGUUCGUAGAGAGCUUGAAAAUGCUGCCAAAGAAUUACAGGAGCGUGUUCGAACUGGGGAAGCCAGUUCAUUAGAAUAUUUUGAAUUGGGUGCUGUGAUGUUGAGGAAAAAGUUCUAUCCGCUUGCUGCUAAAUAUCUUGAGCAGGCUAUUGAGAAAUGGGAGGGAGAUGUUCAAGAUCUAGCACAGGUCCACAACACUCUUGGCUUCAGUUAUGUAAGUGAGGGCAAGAUAGACAAGAGUAUUGGCCAGUUUGAGAUGGCUGUGAAGCUUCAGCCAGGAUAUGUGACAGCUUGGAACAAUUUAGGUGAUGCAUAUGAGAAGAAGAAGAAACUGAGGGAUGCGUUAAAAGCAUAUGAUCAAGCACUCCUGUUUGAUCCAAAUAAUAAAGUUGCAAGAAGAUGUCGAAAUUCUAUAAAGGAGCGACUUGACCUGUUCGAGGGAAUUCCUACCAAGUCAGAAAGAUAACAAAAUAUGCAAGCAGUGAGAAUUAGACCCUCUUUGUACUUAUUUUUUUGGGAGGAGCAUAGACCAUUUUUGAGAAGCGGAUAAUGUCUUUUAUCCUUUUGAGCCUAUGAUUGUUACAAUAUGGGUUUCUUUUAUCAUUUCUCAAACAUAUAUCCUAGCCCACUCACAAGCCAUAAGGUGAAGACACAAAAUUGGUUUCAACUAACAAGAACUUGGGCUGUGAAGGGUCUGUAAAAUCUCUUUGUUUGUCUCACAUGGCAAAAAAUUUGGAGCCGAAAGAGUGUGUAAUGUAGUGAAUACUAUUCCAGAAGCUAGUAUGCGAAUAUGAAAAACUAAAUUAAAUGAUUGUUAUA